AUGGAGUCAACGUCGACCCUCAAGCUUCUUCUCAAGCUCACCAUCUUCAUCUCCAUCUCUGUUUUCAUAUUGCUUCAACUCUUUCCCAUCUUCCAUCUUCAUCGAGCUUCGUCCUUAUGGCCACCCUCCAAGUUUUCAUUCUUCACUACUGCACCAAUCUCUCUCUUCCCCAAACAAGCUUUGCCAACCAUGUCAGGCUACCUCAAAGUCAACUCCACCACAGGCUCCUCCAUUUUCUACACCUUCUAUGAAGCACAAAGCCUCACCUUCCCUAACCUCUCGCAAACCCCACUUCUCAUUUGGCUCCAGGGUGGGCCCGGAUGCUCCUCCUUGUUUGGUAACUUCAUGGAGAUUGGUCCUUGGCAUGUCAACUUAUACCAUCACCAUCAUGAUCUUGAGAACCAAGCCUUUGUGCUUGAACCUAACCCCGGUUCCUGGAACCGGAUUUUCGGCCUUGUUUUCCUUGAUAAUCCGAUAGGAUCCGGGUUCAGCAUCGCCUCUAGCAGCGAGGAAAUCCCUAGAGAUCAAUUUUCGAUGGCUAAACAUUUGUACAUUGCAAUCACAAAGUUUAUUGAACUUGAUCCAAUGUUGUUUAGCUCUCGUCCGCUUUAUGUAGUGGGCGAGAGCUAUGCUGGCAAGUACGUGCCAGCAAUUGGCUACUAUAUACUCAAGAAGAAUGAUGAGUCUGAUCAUGUCAUUAACUUAGCUGGCGUUGCUAUAGGAAAUGGUUUGAUUGACCCGGAGACUCAGGUGGCCACUCAUGCAGACAAUGCUUACUUUUCGGGUUUGAUCAAUGAGAAACAGAGGAGGGAGAUGGAGAUGUAUCAGAACGAGGCGAUCAGGCUAGCCAAAUUGAAACGCUGGAGAGAUGCGACCAAUGCUAGGUACCGAGUUGUGGAUAUGCUGAGUGACAUGACAGGAUUGGCCACAUUGUUUGACUACUCCAAGAAAGCUCCUUACCACAAGACUCAAUGGAUCACUGACUUUUUGCACGACGAAAGGGUGAAGAGGAUUAUGAAUGUGCAGGAGUCGGCGGUGUUUAGAAACUGCAGCCGUGUAGUGAAAGUUGCUUUGUAUGAGGAUAACAUGAAGAGUGUGAAGUACAUGGUGGAGUUGUUGGUGAAGAGGAGCAAGGUGUUGUUGUAUCAAGGGCAGUUUGAUUUGUGGGAUGGGGUGUUUUCGACCACAGCGUGGGUGAAGACGUUGGAAUGGGAGGAGAUUGGGAAGUUUUUGGCGGCGGAGAGGAGGGUUUGGAGAGGCAGAGGGGAUGAGCUUGCAGGGUAUGUGCAGAGAUGGAAGAGUUUGAGCAAUGUUGUGGUUUCAAGAGCAGGGCAUCUUGUGCCGGCUGACCAGCCAAUGAACUCUCAGGCAAUGAUCGAAGGCUGGAUUUUGGAAACAGGGUUGUUUGGUGAUGAGCAAUUGUUCUAA